CACCUGGGCGCGCCCGUGGGCGGCGGUGGCGGCGGGCGCAUGGUGGGCCCACCGAUGUACCAGCCGCCGGCGAGCGUGUACGACGAGGACCCGGGCAUCAUGUCCGAGGUGGAGACCUCGGCCACGGGCCUGCGCAGGGCCACCAAGGCCCGCGCCAGCCUGCCCGUCGUCCGCACGCCGUCCAAGACACAGGAGCGGCCACUCGCAAGGAUGACGCUCGUCAAGCCUGGCGAGCUUGGCGACUGGAGGAGCCCGUCAGGAAAUCGGUACAAGGAAGACUACAGGACUUCGAUGUCGCCCUCCGGAGGCGUCUACGUCAACAAUGAGCUGGCAUCUCGGGCGGCCAUGAUGACAUCGCUAGGCCUGGUUUUCCUUCAGUACCGGAGCGAGACGAAGCGGGCUUUGCUGCCGAACGAGAUCACGUCGAUCGACACGGUGAAGGCGCUGUUCGUGCGUUCCUUCCCGAAGCAGCUCACCAUGGAGUAUCUCGACUCGCCGCACAUUCGCAUCUACAUUCACGACCCCUCCAAGGACAUGUUUUACGAGCUCGAGGACCUCAGGGACAUCCGAGAUCGAUCAGUGAUACGCAUAUACGAGCAAGAUGUCAACGACGGGGGUGUCUACAGCACGUACGACCAGGACAUGAGCUACUUUUCGGAGCCAGAAUUCGACUCGGAAUACCAGAACCAGCACAUACACAGGGCAAAGGCGGGAAAGUCUCAAGGAGCGGGUUAUUACGGAGUGCCAGCCUACCCACCACCAGGCCGGACACAGACACUUCCGCACGGCGCCACCAUCCGGCCCUUCUCGCCUGCGCCACAGGAGAGGCCCAAGCCGAGCCCAGGCUACUCGCAAACCCUUCCCCGAGGAAUGACCUACUCGUCGGUGGCGCUGAGUCCGGAAAAGAGGCAGCCUGGACUGCUCGUGACCGCCGCCGGCCCGCCAGGAGUGGCGCCGGCCAAGCCGCAGCGGUUCUACGGACAGCCACCGCCGCCCCUGCAGGUCGCCUCCCCCCUCACCUCCCCGAGGUCCCCUCUGCCGAGGCCAGUGCCCCCACCGCCGCGGGCUCUGUCUCCGGACCGGGGCGGUGGCCUGCUGGCCGAGGCGGGCUACCCGCCGGUGGUGGGUGCGCCGUUCCCGGCAGGCGGAGUGCCAACGGGUCCAUACCCGCCACCCACAUCCCCUCGCCGCUACGAUCUGGCCGGCUACCCUCCGGCCGACGACCGGGGUCGUGGUGAUCCGGGAUACUCGCCCGAGCGCCGGCUCGACCACACGCGCUCUUUGCCGGCGACUUUCAACUCAGCCUACGAGGAGCCCUUUUACGGCGGGGAUGCCGCCGCCGCUUACGGCUCGCGCUCGGGCAGCGCCACGCCCAUCAUCGACGAAGAAGCCCGAAUGCGUGUGGAGUAUAUGGAACGCCAGCUUGCAAGUCUGACUGGGCUGGUGCACAAGGCCCUGGCUGCAGGAACUUCUCCACGGCAGCCGAGCCACCUGAUCCCUACCAGGGACACGGACGUGGCUCCCGAGAAGGACAGGUCGGAUGACGUUCGGCUGCCAGAAUAUGAUGUGCAGAAGCACCCCUUCAAAGAGGAGAAGUCAGUGUCGUUCUCAGACGAGACCCUGGAUUGCCACAAACAAAGGCAGCACUCGCCACAACCAGCAGCAGAGAAACCGACGAAGCCUGCAAUCAAGGGCAUGCGAUCACACUCGAUAUCAGAUGACUACUCUGGAGUGACGUCUGCAAUUCCAGACAAAGAUGGUCGGCCUUCAAAGCCAGCUCCGCCACCCAAGCCGGCCUCUCUGAGUUGUGCUCUUGAGUCACGACAGCAUUCCUCAUCUCCAGCAAAAGAAAUUCAUUUCUCCGUGGAAGCGUGCUCCCAGCUGCAGCUCUUGAGAAAGCAGACCAAGGACCUGCGAUUGGAAGUACGCAACCUGCGGCGGAUGACACAGACUCAAGCUGUCACUGCCAGGGAAAUGAUUCGGGAGACAUGCCUCAAAAUCAAGGUGAUGCUGGCUGCUGUUCAAGUGGGUGAAGACCAGGUUUGUGCAGAACGACUUCGGGUUUAGGAAGAAGACCUCUACAGACAAGAUGUCACACGGCUGGAGAAAGACCUGUCUGACUUGGAGAGUCAAGUAGAGGAGCUCAGGGGCAACGUGAUCAAUCGAAGAUGCCGAGUAAACAUGAGCAACGUGGAAAGCAUGGCUCUAGUUCUCAGCAGGGCCAGCAAAACAGUAGCAGACCUGAAAGCGCGGUUUCCAAAUCUACAAGAAAGCUUAAAAUCCGUCAUGGGAGCAGAAAUGGAAGUUGUUGUUCGAGAAGAAAAGUAAGUUCUCAAGGAAGAGCCGGAAAGACUAGAAAAUGCACUUAGGAGGUGCAAGAAGCUUACCGGAACACUAGUCACAUUAAAAAGGUUGGCAUCAGUUCAAGAGCAGAGGCACACUGGAGCUCACACGCUCCCCGAGAAAGCAGCAUCAGCGGACGGGCCAUAUUCCGACGGCGAGGCACACACUGCUCGGUCAAGCAGGCAGGCUUGGAAGUGGAGUUCUAAUUUCCGGGAGAAAAUAGACCUGUGGAGAGGGUACUCCACACUGGGAUGGUCGGAUAAGACCUGCGACGCGACGGCUGAGCCGGCCGGCGGCGCAGCAAGCGACAGCAGCAAGGGCAGCCCUGCAGCGCGCUCGGAGAACGCCCUGGACGCGCUGCUGGACGAGCUGCAGACCUUCUCCAAGCCGCCGGACAAGCGCGGCGGCCGGCCGCUGUCGGCAGACUCGCCCGUGAGGGCCUCUUCUUCUUCUGCGUCUAAGACGCCGCCGCCGCCUCCGCCGCGCACCACGAGCAAGUCACCGGUAACAUCGCCCACGGGCCCACAGCGGAGCCGCUCGGAGCCGGUGCGCACCAACGCGCUGGCCGCGGAGGACGCGAGCAGCAGCAGCAGCGGCAGCAGCGGUGGCCGGCGAGACCAGCUCUCCUCCAACAGCAGCAGCAGUGAGAGCGUCAACUCGCAGGAAGGGCUACAGGCACGCAGCCGACAGGAGCUGCUCGACUCGCGGCAUCAGGAGCUGCUGCGAAAACAGCGCCAGCUGCAAGAGCAGUACGCCCGGCUGCAGCUCCUCCAGCGCCUGUCGCCGCCCAAGCCGGACCUGAAGAAGACCGGCAGCGAGAGCAACAUCCUGCACAAAGCAUCGCUCUCGCUGGGCAGCGCUGGCGGCGCGUCCGGUUCGCUCACCCACCUGGCGGUGCCGUCGUCCGCCCUGCGCACGGGCGCCAAGAUCUACGAGACGGACAUACUGUAGUAAUGCGGCAUUUGGCUUGGCCUUGUGAUGUGUGCGCCCACCAUCUCGGAGGGCUCCCACCACGCGCUAGUCCCGGAGGUCUGUCUCCACUGAUGUCCGGCGGAACGCCGCGGGCCGCAGGUCGUGCGCACGAGGAGGAAUCCCAGCGGUUGACAGCGCGCAAGAGUCCCAAUAGUAUCGAUAUGAGUCUUAGACGUUGGCCUACUUUGUACUUUGAAUGUAGCGUUGAGUCGCAAUACCAGCUGAUACCCCUAAUUGACAUUUGUGGAACGUUAGUGGAAAUGCCCUAGCGACAUUUAGCCGUUGGAAGUGUUCUCCAAAGAACAAACGCAAUUGGCAAACAAGUAAUCAUUCAGGCUUUCUUUAGCGUUUGUAACGGCUUAAAAAAAGGACCUUGUUUCAAAGUUCUUUAAAAAGCCAAAAGAAAAAGAUGAGCUGUUUGGUAUCGGUAUCUUUCGCGGUUACAAAGGAUACACCGCGUCUUGAGCUGCAAGCUUAAAAGAAUGGAAGCAUAAGGACAACCUGCGGCUCCUUCUCCUGGUGUUUAUUUUCUCCCGUGCACUACGCGCACCUGCGGCCUAGGUGAAGUGCAAUCGAAACACUUGGCUCGGGUGUCUAGACAGGAAGCCUUGCUUUGCGAAAGGGCACGCGCGACGUGCCAGUCUGUUUGUACCGGGAGGUAGCCGCCUCGCGGUAGGAGUAUAGAAGUUCGCGAUGUGUGUUGCGCGGGAAAGCACGUAUUAUGGCUCUCGAGCCGGUGAAAAAGUGGACGAUGUGCAAUGCGCUAGUAGGAAGGGAGUAGAAGGAGGAACGGGCUAACAUUAGGGGAUGUCACGCGACUGCGGACGUGGCUUUUAUUCGGGAGCGUUCGCCGUGCCUCUUCGGAGACAGUGAUCGGCCAAUUUAACAACGCGAGACGGUCUUGUUUCGCGUACAUGCAGCCACGAUGCCGAAACUGUCCGCGAUGAGGCGGCCAAGUCCGCACAUCACGCGCUCAGCCUCGGCGUGUUUCUUUUCUUAUGUAGUACAUGCACAAGUGUGGUCAUAACGUGUCCAUUUUCCUCCCGGCCCACAAGAGCUGUGCGUUCACUUGGCAGGGUGAGUGUUUUCGACCACGCUAUUUUAUUCUCUGGCUGAAAAGAAGGAUGUACCGUGUGGCGGAAAAAUUCCGAGGCUUCCAUGGUGGCGCUGUGUGCAGAGUACAGGUGUAGAGGAACCCUCAUUGCUGUUUGACGCUUAUACGUUGUCGAAGUUACGCUGCUCUCUGAGCAGCCCUCUGUGAGCGCCGUGCGUGAGUUGUCUGAAGAGAGGAUGCUUGAAGUAAAACAAAAGGAAGCGAACGUACUUCGCCGUGCAUAAUCACUGUUAGUUGCCGUAGUGCUCGCACUUCUGAGAAAAAAAAAACGUUCUGUACACUUUUCUAUUCAUGAACUGCCUCCGGCAGGCCGACAUGUUUGUUAUGUAUGGUGCCGGGCUGGUCGUAUUUUCGCCCCGAUGUAUUCACUAAACACGAAGUUUGGCAGUGGUCUGAGAUGUCAAAACUCCCGUUGUGUUCACCACUUAUUAUACAAGUCCCUGCAUUGCUUUCUUCAUCUACUCUACCAACCUUGUCGGAAAACCUUAACCCAACACUUUGUCCGGUGUUUUGACGCUUUAUUGUCUUCUUGAGAACGUUCGCGUUAUUUGUGCGGACUGCAGUACAGGAGUGGCCACCAUAUGUGGAAGUUUAUCUCAUACAAACUGGAUGAUAUUUGGAAUCUUUUGAAGAGUACAUCGUGCUCGUGGUUUGUCACCGCUAAUCAUUCACUUAUACUUUACGUUGACUUGAAGUGAUCAGGUCCUUGCAGGUGACAUAAUGCAUUCACUCUGUUUCCAGUCUUUGUUGCUUUUUGAAGCACUGAAUAUCACAUGUGUUGCCCUGUAAUCAAACGCCUACUUCGCAGCAUGAUAACUUAUGGAUUUUUUGUACACCUAAUUGCAUAUUUCAUAGGAUAACGUUAAUCAAUAAUUUUUUUUGGCUGAAGAAGAAAAGUGAACUUUAAACUAAUUUUAUUUUUUGAGCUUCAUAACUUUCUUUCUGUCUUUUUUUGCCACACAGCUACGACACGU